UCUUAUUAUUCGUAUUAUUUUUAUUAACAGCAAUUAACUGGUCAUGGUCUUGUUACAUAGUCUCUUAAACUGUGCUAUUUCGCUUGAUUCUAAGCUUGCUUAAUUAUAUUAUUUCAGUGCUUCUGUAACUUUUUAGUUAUUUUUCUUUUAUAUAUUUAUUUUCAUUACUUUUAUUUUAUAUAAAAUAUGUCCUGAUCGUUCGAAGAGUGUAAUUUGAAAAGUGAUGCUGAGCGUCAUAUUUCUUGUCGGCUUUGUGAAACACGCUAAGUGCAUUGGCCCCUUUCGACCCCAACGUUGCCUGAGAGCAACUUCGCGAAAUCAUAUUCUUACCACAGGCGCUAUUUUUGUUUUAAUUUGUUGAACUGGUGUGAUAACGGUAGUCUAAUAAAUUAGCGUGAAGUGUGAUCAAAUAAAAAAUCAACUCUCAAUCAUUUAGCAAAGUUAUUUGAGAAAGUGUGCAGCAGUGUCAGCUAAAAGUGGUGUUUUUGUUAGAAAGAUCAUUUUAAAAAGUGCUUUUUUCUUAAAUAAAUUUGUCAUUAAAUACAAUUGUGUGAAUCAACUAGUGUUCAGCGAUAGUUAAGUAAAAUAUAUUUGCAAGUCAUUUUCGGUUAUUGUAAACCAGCAUCAGGUGAGUAAUUUUUAAUGAGACCUCAAGACAAAGGUUUGUCAAAAGACGACAUAGAACAAGUUUUAAACUUCGAUUGGGACGUUUCUUCGGAUGAUGAUAUGGAAGAUGUGUCUGCAGUGCUGGAGCAAAAUUUGGAGGGAAUUAUGGAUAGAGGGGAAAGCAUAGAAAUUUACCUUCUUGACAAUCUAAUAGAAGAAGAUAAUACUCAAGAACCUCGCUCAAUUCAAAAUAUGUGUAUCGAAAAAAUUGAUUCGAAGGCAAUAAAAUGGAAGUCAAAGGUAUUUGAAGCCCCGGAGAGAAUGUGGAAGGAAGAGUACACCUUGGAAAUUCACGAAGUAAUGAAACCAGUGGACUAUUUCUCACAAUUUUUUGAUGAUCGAUGUAUCGAUUUGAUCACUCAGCAAACUGACUUAUAUGGACUUCAGAAGCUGGGAAUUGAACUUAAAAGCACCAAAGUAGAAAUACAACGAUAUAUAGGCACUCUGCUAUACUUGGGUGUUAUUAAAUUGCCCCAAUUUAAAAUGGCGUGGUCUCAAAAUUUGAAGCUAACGGCUAUAACGGACUCAUUCUCUCAAAAUAGGUUUGAAAAAAUUAAACAGUGUUUACAUUUUAACGUUAACAGCAAACAACCAAAAAAGGAAGAUUCAAACUAUGACAAUUUGCACAAGAUACGUCCUCUACUAGACAUCGUUAGAGAAAACUUUAAUAAUCUCCCUCAGGAAGAACAUCAAAGUGUUGAUGAGCAAAUAAUUGCGUUCCAAGGUCGAUCAACGUACAAACAAUACAAUCCAGCUAAGCCCAAUAAAUGGGGCUUGAAAAUGUUUACACGUGCUGGAACAUCUGGACUGGUCUACGAUUUCACGUUAUAUGUUGGUGAAGGUACCUGCCCAUUAUAUGGACUGGGGCUGUCUUCGGAUAUAGUUCUUUACUUGGCGAAAAAUUUACCCUAACAGAAGAACUUCAAACUCUAUUUUUAUAACUGGUUUACAUCGGUAAGCCUUCUGAUAGCAUUGAAUUAAAUGGGCAUAUUCGCAACAGGAUCUAUACGCAAAAACCGUAUAAACAACUGCCAGUUACUUUCAGAGACCGAACUCAAAAAACGAGGAAGAGGAUCUUUCGACACUAAAUGUGAAAUCAAUUAUAAUAUUGUGUGUCUAAGAUGGUUCGACAAUAAACCGGUCCAACUUAUAUCUUCGUAUAUUGAUCAUCAACCAGUUGGGGUUUGCAAACGUUGGAGCCCGAAAAAAAAGGGCGCUGCAGGCUAUGCAAAACUGGAACUCCAAAAUCUAAAUGCCUUAAAUGUAACAUCCAUUUGUGUAGUAAUAACAAUAAAAACUGUCUUUUCAUACUUAAUAUUUUCUUAUAAAUAAAACCAAAUGCAAAUAGAAAAUUUGUUUAAUUUUAUACCACGAUUGCCCAAUGUUGCCCACAGGCAACUUUCUGUAGCACCCAAACGGGUGGGAGUAGCGACUUGAAAAUUUGUCAGUAUACUUCUGGGUAUAUAUAAUAAAGAUAAAGAUAAAAAAAAAUUAAAACCAUUGUAAAAAAGUCGGGGUCGAAAGCGUUAACGGUCGUGUCCUUGACUUAAUACAUGAUGACAAGGGCCUUCUCUGGUCCAGCCCAAAACAUAGAAAAGUUGUCUUUGACAUUUUAAAACUUUUAAAAACUACAAGGAGUGGCUUUCUGAAAAUAAGGAAAGAUUUGAAAGUCAUUACCGAAAAGUAUCAAAAUUAUGGGGACGCAUUUAAAUCUUUUAAAUGCAUUUAUUCCUCUGAUUCCUCGAAAAUGAAACCAAGGGCCAAGAAUUGAAAAUAUAGUAACGAUUUUUUUGAUUGCGUUAAAGUACCACAUACGUAUACCCGCUGAUAUUGCUUAUCUCCAUCUUAAUGCUCUUAAGAACCCAUUUACAUGUAGUCCGAAUAAUAUUCCUACUAGUGUACUUAAAAUUUGUGCUGAAUCUCUAUAUAUACCUUUGACAAACAUAUUCAACGCUUCAUUAGAACAAAAAUGUAUACCCUUCUUGGUGGAAACAUUCUUAUUGUGUCCCUACAUAAAUCUGGCAGUAGACCUCCAAUAGGGAAUUUCUCUGGGAUAGCCAAAAUUUUCGAAGCCGUUAAGAGAUCAAUUAGGCCAUUUGUGUCACUAGUUAUGGGCAUCUAAAAUGAGUUUUGAAAAAUAAAAUAUACUCUUUCGAACCUGCUUGAACUCACUAUAUAUGUCAGUAAUGGCAUCAAACAUGGUAGUCAAACAGAUGUUAUCUACACUGACUUCAACAACGACCUUCCAAAUGUGGUUCUUCAUUUUGAAAUACGCAUGUACACAGAUGAUGUCAACACCUUUACAGUUAAUUCUUUUGAAGAUAAAGAGCUUUCGCACAUAAAAUAUUCAGUUAGUGCGAGGCAAACUGUAUGUCCCUAAUGUCUCCAAAAAACAUUUCCAAUCCUUUGCCUAUAUGAUACAUAAUCACAGUGUUAAACAAGUUACUGACGUCAUUGAUUUGGGUAUCACACGGAUCCCUAAGCAAGAUUUUAGAAAUCAUAUAAAUGUAUCGAUUUUAAUACAUAUUUCACUAACAUGGAUUCCUCAGACUCUCUUUUCUAUAUCAAAACCUUCUUAAAAGAACUCGUUUCCUGCACCGUCAGAAGACUUCAAUGACUAAGACUUAUUUUUUUUUUUUUAUACAUAGUUCAUUUAUUUACUGGA